UCUAUCGCUGCUGUUUCGCUAUCGGCCUCGACUGUAGACUUGGUUUCUUCUUCAGAGGAUGUAUUCCAUCUUUCUCUUCCUAUCGCAGCGGAACGUAUUGCGUAAUGGGUGACCAAUACAGUGUAUGUUAAGCUCUCAAUUUACAGCGCUGGGCUGAUUAUUACUCUAAAAAAACGCGGGGGUCGGUGAGGUCAACAACGUUGUUUACGUUACUGCCGAUGGAACGCCUUAUCGAGAUUCGUCGCUGCUGCCAAGGAUCGCCGAAGGAUUAUCCCAGGUAACGCCACUGGUGUCCGGGCUCCCAUUGGCUGUUGUCACAUUCACUGUCAGUUGAGCCUCUCAAUCAUGGCUGUGUCGCCGAGGUAUCUCGUUCUGUUCCUGUCAUUGUGCGCACUCGCCAGUGCCUUUGGUGCGGCAGACGACUUCGACAAGGGGAACCCCUGUGGCUGCGUCAACCGGACCGUGGUCGAAGGCGAACACCACUGGGUCUGCACGGGUGAUGGGGAGUUGAUGCAGCUGCACGCAUGCUUCGUCCACUCGCCGGAGAAGGCACCCCACGGCUUGACACUUCGAAAUGUGAGCGCCCCCGACCUCGCGCUGGGAUCGAUCAGCUUUGUGGCCCAGCUGGAGUCUCUUUCGCUGCACGAGUGUCGCUUCAAGGGGCUAAACUUGGAGGGAGCCAGUCGCCUGACGUCCCUGAACUUGGCAUUCAAUCGGCUGCGGACUGUCGACAAGGCUUGGUUCACGCCCCUGGUAAAUCUGAAGCAGCUCAACCUCUCGCACAACUUGCUCACCACACUGCCGGCUGACCUGACCGAAGACCUCAAGGUGCUGGACACAUUGGACCUGUCGCACAACCAUUUCCGGAAACUGAGCCUGUCGUGGUUUAGCACCGGUUCACCCUUGCAGCAUUUGAACGUGUCGGACAACAAGUUGGAGAAUGUGACGGCCUCAACGCACGAAGCAUUGGCGCUCUUUGGGGAACGUCUGAUGGCCCUCCGCACGCUGGACCUUUCAAGGAAUCAGUUGCAUUCGGUGCCGGGGCUGGAGGGUCUGCAAAAACUGAGGUGGCUAUGGCUCCACCAGAACCUCCUCACCACUCUUCCAACGCAUGCUUUUGCCAACAACACUGUGCUGGAGCACUUCUCUCUCUCUGGAAAUCCGUGGCGCUGCGACGAGGAAUUCGCCAAGCGCCGAAACAAGUUGCUGCAUUCGCUCACCUCACGAGUGGCCAAUCACGGGCCGGGGAUUGAGCUCCACGAUGUCGUCAUCACCGAGUGUGCCUCGCCGCCCGAGUGGAAGGGCCGCAACCCAUUCCUGUUUGGCUUUCCACUCUGUGAUCGAUGCGCGUGCAACACAUCCGAGUCGCUGACUGUGGACGUCAACUGCACGGGACGGGGCCUUGAGGAGUUGCCUCUGAAUCUGCCCUUGCGGGCACGUGUCUUGCGGCUGGCCAACAACAGCAUCAAGUCACUCAUGCUGCCCUCAAAAGGGGAAGGCUGGGACAGUUUGCUGAUGCUUGAUGUUCAUGGCAAUGAGAUUUCAUCUAUUGAUCAAGUGGUGGGCACAUGCUCUCUGCGGUCGCUGAUGGCGCUCCACCUGACGAACAACCGUCUGAGUCGACUGGCCUCGCAUGUGCUCCAACAGCUGAGCGGCCACAAGAUGGACGACCUGCGCCUGAGCGGCAAUCCCUGGCUCUGCAGCUGCGAUACCGUCAGCUUUGCCACUUGGCUUCAAGACAACAAAAAGGUCAAGGACGUGGAGGAGAUCCGCUGCUCGGAUGGCAGUCCUAGUGUCCUCGCGGGCAGGACCAUCUACUCGCUGCCCAAGUCGGACUUAUGCCCGCAGCCCACGGACUGGACACAGGGAUUGCUAGAUGCACUGAGCGUUCUCAUGGCCAUUGCCAUCAUCGCCAUCCUUGCUAAGCUGGCCCGUGACUAUUGGCGCCAGAAGCGGACAGGCAAGCUGCCCACCUUCUUCAGCUUCGUGUGAGCAAAGUCUGGAAGCUGCUUUGAAUUUUCGCCAAGUGAGGUGCAGUUGUGCCUACAGAAGAUUCAUGCAUUGCUUUCAGCCAGAUAAGAAGACGGCAAAGAAUCACCAAAGCAGAAAGUCUCAACACUGUGUCUGCACGCUGCGUCGUCUUUGUGGCAUGAAUCAACACUGCGCAUGGGUAGCCUUCAUGGUGAUGUCUUUAUGACAUGUUUUGUUGUAUCGGUCUCCUCUGUGGUCAUGUCCUGAUGGCAUUCUGGCAUUCUUUGUGCGAAUCCUUGCAAUGUGUAGCAAGAACGAUGCGAAGUCUAUCAUUGUUGACCGCAGAUGUGCUUCGAAAGUACUGAAGUUGGGUCCCUUUCUUAUCUCUAACAUUGGGCAGUCACUAACUUUUCAUUUCAACUGUGUAUAAUGUGAGCAAGCAUUUCUGAUUCGUCAUCUGGAAGGCCUGUCAGCUGAUUGUUAACCAGGAAACUACUGUGCAAGGAAGAUGCGCUCCACCUAAUUGGGACUUCGUGCCAGGAGUCGUUCCCGAAGACAAGGCAGGACUAUUGUUCAUGAACAUGUUGCAAAACACGCCGGUAGUGUUAGCUGCAACACACUUAACUUAAGAAGGUCCCCAACACCGUCGCAUGGCUUAACAUACCUGCAAUGACAUGGAUAGCACCAGUGUCGUUGAGCCACAUGGAUUUCGCACUCUGUUGAAGUUGUGUUGUAGGGACAAGAUUCAACCACCAGUCUCGACAUCGGCUCUGUAGAUGCUCCUACGAAGCAUUGUCUAAUUCGUGGUGUGCAACAGGUGUUGCUGUUUUGGGGAUGUGUGUUUCACUCGCUAAUAAUGAUGCAGCACGCGGGAACUCAUUCUCCGAGAGAGUUUUUUUUAAAGCUGUGCUCCUAGAGUCAUUCUGCACCACUGCAUAACGAUGACCUGCCAUAGACAUGGUUCUGGUGCCAAUGCCUCAGCUGUCAAAGCCUUUUUUUUUUUCACAGGCAUCGUUGGCAACUGUGAGACCUGUGAGAAGGUGCCCUUGGAGAGAGUUUUAAAGACCAUAGUCUUUUUCGAGAUACUUCAACGCAGAAAUUUUGGUCCCUCUGUCUUUCUGUUGAUCUUUCUGUUGAACUAUUCAUUUGAACCCCUAGCUCAAUGCCCACCUAUUUUGAUCUGGUGGCUGCAUUUAUAUGUCUGAACAUUGUCAGUCAAAAAGUUAAUAUUACACAUAUCUGAAAUGCAACAUCAAUAUGUAAGUUGUAGGCAGUGUGUCUUUUUAUUUAUAAAAUGCAUAAAUACCUCAUCCUGGAGAACGAAGUGUUCACACUGUGCUGACAGUGGGAUGCUGUAAUGACAGAGUGGGUGUUUCCUACACUUCGCUGAACAAUUUGGGAGCUUUAAGAGGGGAUGCCACACUUUCCGAAAACUUUUAUUUUUUCGAGUACCUCAAUCAAAUUUAGAGAGCUUACGUAGAUUUUACUGCUGAUUUCAAAAAUCUAAUUCUUUUUUUUGCUGCGACAAAAAGUUUUAAAGAUAUAUUGAACCAUUGUUUUUCAAUUAAGGUCUAAUUAGCUAUUUAACGGUAACUUGCAGAUUGAUGUGCAACUCAUAAAACCAGUUCAGGUUGUUCACAGUGUUCAGUAAAGUAUAAAUAGUUGUUCUGGGCUAUUUUGAAGCAAUGUUGUGGGAUGUUGAAUAUGACAUGAAAAAUUUCCCAACUACACUUGAAACAAGAGAUUUCUUUAGAGAUUUUUCCUCAGAAAAUGAUUAUAAUAGAACUUACUUGACGACAUCCCCUCCAUUUAACUUUGAAACGAAAAAAAAA